AUGGCUGGCCUGGACUUGCGACCUGACUUACAAGUUUAUAACAACGAUACCCGUACGGUGGCGGUGGUAGACUUGGCCAUUGCGUUUGAUCAGCAAGACGGUGAUGACUCUUCCUGCUCAGGAUUGGUUGAGGCAGCUGUGAACAAGACGACCAAGUAUGCUGGGAUCAAGCGUCACCUUGAGCGCCAAGGGUGGAAGUAUACCUCUCGGCUAUUGUUUACGGCUCUCUGGGCUCGGUGGCGUGUUAACGGAACAUCUGGGUCUGCUCAUGAAGGACGCAAAGCGGCUGGACAGACAACUAUCGACUGCUUGUAUUCAGUCCAGCCGCCGCAUAUGAAAUUUGCACUGUUCCCAGCAUCGUUUACGUCAACAUCAAGUCCGCUCUUCGAUCACGGGUUACGUCGGACGACACAUUUCAACUUACGAUUCACGACGACUUUCGCGACAGGGUGCCACUCGGGUCGGGCUUCGCGGCACUUUGGGCAGUCGGAUACUGCUGCAGUUUCUGGUGCUUCUCAAGGUUUGGCGUCACGGGGCAUCCGGGUGAAGGAGGGGGGCCGGAAGGACUCCGUCCCACAUACGCCACCGCUAGGUGGUAUUGUUCUGGCCUUUGCUGGCCGAAAGGGCCCCAACCAUGAAGUGUACCGCCCUGGGGGAACCCAUUUUGGUGUUUGGCGACGAUUCAUAUCAUUCGUCAAGCUUCACCCGCAUAGUGUUUGGUACGGAUCAUCCCAUAUUGGACACCAGACAGAAAAUAUAUUUUUUAUAUUAGUUAACAGGUUUACCGGAUGGUAG